CAAAUAUUUAUAAUUUUUAUACCUGAUUCCUGAACCUCAGAACCUGAUACGGUGAGGUGAGGUGAGCAGUUGAGACUUGAGAGAGGCGGAGAGCAGAGACUAGAGAGAAAGGAUACUGAAAAUUGCAUCCUGUGCAUCACUAUUUGAAAUGGCAGAUCCUUCAUUUUUUGAUCGAAUGAUCACCCAUUUCCGUGCAACGUGCAAGUAUUAUACUGGUUAUCCAAAGGAUCUUGGGCCAUCACGGGUUAUUCAUUUUACAUCGGAGCGAGAGUUUGUUCAGCUCCUUCAUGAAGGUUAUCCUGUAGUUGUGGCUUUUACCAUCAGGGGUAAUUACACAAAACAUCUUGACAAAAUACUAGAGGAAUCUUCAGCUGAAUUUUAUCCGCAUGUUAAAUUUAUGCGUGUUGAGUGUCCAAAAUAUCCUGGGUUCUGCAUUACACGGCAGAGGAAGGAAUAUCCUUUCAUUGAAAUUUUUCAUAGUCCAGAACAGGCAUCAAACCAGGGCAGGGUGGCUGAUCCAAAUAUUACAAAGUACGCUGUGAAGGUUCUACCUUUCAAUUAUGACCUCAGUGCCUAUGGAUUUAGAGAAUUCUUCAAGCGCUAUGGAAUAUGGGCAACAGAGCCGAAGUAAAAAUCAGGUGGGAAAAUGUUCAAUAUUAGUUUAUUUAAGAGUCACCCCCUUCUGCAUAAUGUCUGCUGUAGAUUACUCUGCAUAAUGUCUGCUGUAGAUUUGACAUUAAAGGGCAUAACUCCAAAACUUUGAUCCUGAUUUGUUUUGGAUCAUGUCUAUGAUCACCAUUUUCAUCUUGUGAAUGGAAGUGGAAGAUUAUUCCUGGGAUGUAGAAGUUACAAACCCCUUGGAAGGCCAAUAAAAACUUUAUUGAUAAGGCUUUUCUCCAAUAUAUUUGACAUUUAAAAUUAUCGUCAUAGAUGAGGAAAGACUUUUAGGAUUAGAAUUGAGAAGUCACUUGCAUUUAAAGAGUUGCUCUAUGGAUCAAGUAGCUUGUACGCAUACUGUUGUUAAUUAAAAUUUUUCAUUGUCUAGAAAUUUUCAUUGAGCAUGUUCAUUAGGCAUUAUAUUCCAUGGCGCUUCAAUAUUGUCCAUCUUAUGGUUGAAAAAAUUGGUCCCCAUUUUAAUUGAAUGGCUUGAUAUUAUAAGGAAAAUUUGAUUAUGAAUUGUGGAAAAUAUGAAAUGGACUUCUUUCCUUCA